CCCCAAAAAAGGACAAAAAAAAAAAGAAUUCCAAGAAAUACUCAAAAAUCGUCAGCCGCAGCCCUCAAUUGGUGCAUUUUGCAAAAAAAAAAAAAAAACAAAAAACAAAAAAACCCAUUUCUUUUGACUACGCUUUCCCCCAAUAUUUAUUUGUUCCUUGCUUUUUGUUCAUCUCCUUAAUCUCUAGAACCCAAAUACAACAAACGAUCCGAAUUCAACUUGCGUUUCCUUUUGGGAAUUUGGAUCGAUCGAAAGAAAGCGCAGAGAAUGACAACCUGUCUGUUGAAUGGGAGUGCCAACUUGCAGCAUGGGACUAAUAUAUGCAUCGGUAAAGGGCAUUGGUACAGUUCAAAGACUUGCAGCCUAGCUUUCAAGACUUGUUUGCAAAUUGAUAUAUCAAGGUUAUCUGCACCAUCGCAGUUCUUAUGUAGCAAGAGGCAUGGCUCUCUCAAGGCACCUCUCUACAGGAGAAAGGGCUCCUCCCAAACUGUUACUGUUUCAUGCAUGCAAGACAACACAACAAAGUAUUUUGACUUUGUGGUUGUUGGCAGUGGUGUCGCUGGCCUAAGGUAUGCUCUUGAAGUUUCAAAACAUGGAUCAGUUGCUAUUAUCACUAAGGCCGAGCCUCAAGAGUGCAAUACAAAUUAUGCACAAGGUGGUGUUAGUGCUGUUUUGUGCCCUUCAGAUUCUGUUGAGAAUCACAUGCGUGAUACUAUUGUUGCAGGGGCUUAUUUGUGCGAUGAGGAGACAGUUAGGGUAGUUUGCACAGAAGGUCCUGAGCGAGUGAAAGAACUAAUUGCUAUGGGUGCAUCAUUUGAUCAUGGAGAUGAUGGAGAACUACAUCUUGCGAGGGAGGGGGGACAUUCUCAUCAUAGAAUUGUUCAUGCAGCGGACAUGACUGGGAGAGAGAUUGAGAGGGCACUAUUAAAGGCUGUGGAUGAUGAUCCAAACAUAUUUAUGUUCGGGCACCACUUUGCAAUAGACGUACUUACCUCUCAGGAUAAGAUGGGAAUUAAUUGCCACGGUGUUGAUGUGUUGAAUGUGGAGACAGAACAGGUGUUUCGGUUCCUCUCUAAGGUGACAUUGCUUGCUUCAGGGGGAGUUGGACAUAUUUACCCCACGACAACCAAUCCACCGGUAGCUACUGGAGAUGGCAUUGCAAUGGCUCAUCGCGCUCAAGCUGUUAUCUCCAACAUGGAAUUCGUGCAGUUCCACCCAACAGCUCUUGCUGAUGAAGGCCUCCCCAUCAAACCCACUAAACCACGAGACAAUGCGUUCCUCAUCACUGAAGCUGUCCGUGGCGACGGUGGCAUCCUCUACAACCAGUCCUUGCAGCGCUUCAUGCCACUAUACGACUCCCGUGCAGAACUAGCCCCUCGUGACGUCGUCGCACGCAGCAUUGAUGAUCAAUUAAAAAAACGCGGCGAGAAGUAUGUUCUUCUUGAUAUCAGUCACCGCCCUCAUGAUGCAAUCCUAUCCCAUUUCCCCAACAUUGCAUCUGAAUGCUUCCGUUAUGGCCUUGACAUCACCCGUGAGCCUAUUCCUGUUGUGCCUGCUGCCCAUUAUAUGUGUGGUGGUGUUCGAGCUGGGCUCCAUGGAGAGACCAAUGUUUCUGGGCUUUUUGUUGCUGGUGAGGUUGCUUGCACUGGCCUCCAUGGUGCCAAUAGGCUAGCCAGCAACUCUUUACUUGAAGCACUUGUUUUUGCCCAACGGGCUGUUGAACCCUCAAUCAAUUAUGCUACUGAGUCAACUGGUCCAAAAUUAAGAAUCUGGGCUCAUCCAGUUCUUCCAAUAUCCCUCAAAGAGGAUAAAAUAGAGGAGAUUAAGCAAAAGACAAAGGAAGUGAGAAGGGAGUUACAGUCAGUAAUGUGGGAGUUUGUGGGUAUUGUGAGGUCUACACAGAGGCUGAAGACUGCAGAGUGGAGGAUCUCGGAGUUGGAGGCAGAGUGGGAAGAGUUCUUGUUUCGUCGAGGGUGGAACCAAACAAUGGUUGGUGUUGAGGCUUGUGAGAUGAGGAACCUCUUUUGCUGUGCAAAACUCGUCAUCAGUAGCGCACUUGCAAGGCAGGAGAGCAGGGGAUUGCAUUACACAGAAGAUUUCCCAUAUCUGGAGGAGAGCAAGAGGAAGCCAACAGUCAUUUUUCCUGCUUCACUGCCAGCAGCGAAGGCGACAUGGAGUUCACAGCAAGUUCACAAGCAGUUGUAUUGCUGAUACAUGUGAUAUACUAAAGUAUAUAUAUAGCAUUCUUUAAAUUAUUGCUCAAGAACUCAGAUUCUUUUCUUGAGAUUAUAACAGAUGUUGCGUUUUUAAUUUAUGAGCUUCAUUUGGUAUGAAGUUGUUAACAUCUGGAGAGCAUAAUUGUGUGAACAUUACACCAAUCAGAUCUUGCAUGUGUUGCUGUAAAACUGUACAUUGUAUUCUUGAGCACUCAUGCAGCCAAUACAAAGUUUUGUAAGCUAUUAUUUCA